AUGGAUCAAGAAGUACUAUUAUCGCAGGAUUUUCAAAAGAUUCUACUUUCAUAUGAACCGAAGAAAGCAGAGACAACUACCAGCCAUGACAAAGAGGAGAAUGCUUCUGAGUAUAAAGAUCUUGGGAUGGAAGAAGAUGCGUUUGAAUUAGAUCCACAGUCAUUUGAUAAAUGGGUCCCCUUUUUAAGGAGCGCAGUGGAAAAGAAUCAAUUAGGGACAAUUAUCCAAGAAUUAGAUACUUCAAUAGAUGACAAUUUCCAAGGGUUGGAAUUACAAUUACUUCAGGAUUCACAAAUUAAUGAUAAAUUGGAAACUUCCAUAAACGAGAUUUCGAACAUUCAAAAUAUGAUAGAUACAUCUUUAUCUGGAGGCAUAUUAAACUUACAAGAACAAUUGACUCAAACCACGAACGAAUUGAUAAUUAAGAAACAGGUAUUUGUCAAUAAUAAGAAAACGUCGUUGAAAAUAUCUGAACUAACGAUAUUACUUACCAAAGUUGUUAGAAUAUUGGAGUUAUCGAGUAAAUGUCAAGAAUUAAUCACAGAGGGGAACUUUUUUAAAGCUCUUCAAAAUUUAGAUAGUCUAGAAAAGAUUUACCUACAAGAAUUCAGAAAUUAUAAUUUCAAGUUUUUAAAAGAGAUCUAUGAUUCCAUUCCAUAUCUAAAAUCUGUUACCAAAGAUGAAUGUCUUAACUUGAUAAGAAACUCUCUAAACUCGAAUUUAGGGAAGAAUUUAACCGAUGUUGGUAUGAGCUUCUUUGAUACUUAUCAAAAUGAAUUAUUACCAAAAUGGUUAGAAAUUAAAAAAAGCAUGAAAUUGGAAAAAUUUAAGUUUAAUUCACCGGUUGAGAUAUCAAUGAGGGACCAAGCCAGCUUAAAGAAGUUGAAUUUGGAGAAAUUUUUUCAUAUUGAAGAAUUCUAUGAUUCUAUUAUGAUAUUCCAAACAUUAAACAAACUUGAUUAUCUGUUUUCUGAGUUUUCCAAAGAAUAUGAAUUCAGAAAGACAAAAUUAAUAUAUCCGUUACUUUGGAAAAGAGCUUCAAAUUCAAAUGCAAAUAUUCCUCCAGGUGAUAUAUCAAGUGAUGCAUUUACCAAACAAAUGAACUUGAAAUUUUUGAAAGAAUACUUUUGGAAAAUUUUAGGCUUCUUACUUUAUGAUAUCAACUUAAACAAAUCCACUGAUUUCGUCCUGGUGGAUAAUAAUUAUAACGCCACUAAUGAAUUUUGGGAUGGAUUAAUGAACCGUCUUCAACCGUAUUUGAGACAUUUUAUUGUAACGGGAUUAAAUGAUGACGAUUCUUUUGUAGAGUUCAAAGAUUUCAUGUGUAUUUACGUGGCCAUCUUGGAAAAUUACAAAUUAAGCAUUGAUCCUCUCUAUGAAAUUUUGAUACUUCUAUUUGAUAGAUAUUGUGACAUUUCCAUAAGAUAUUUUGAUACUGAAUUUGAAGUUCUUCUAAAUGAUGACGAUUUUAUGCCAUUAACAAUAAACGAUAAAACUUUAUUCCAAAAAGUAUCUCAAAUUUGUUGGAUGAAAGAAGAUGAACAUCUUGAACCACAAGAAGACAUGAGUGGAUUUUCUAUUACAUUACCCUUUUCACCCCUUUAUCCAAUGACAUGUACUUUGUUGAAGAAAGCAUAUUCCAAACUAACAUCAUUUAUAACCAUGUUUUAUAGACAUGAUCUCCCAGCUUUGAAUAGACUAUUGGUAAAUGCUAUUGAUAAGAUAUUUAUUGAUAUUGUCAAUAAAAAGAUUCGCGCCAAAUUACAAAGUACCUCUAGAGAAGAAAUUGCACAAAUCUUAAUUAAUUUGGAUUAUUUUAUCGUUGCGACAAAGGCAUUUAGUAAGAUUAUGACGGAAGGUAACAUCAUGCAGAAUCCAGACAUUGAAAUCCAAUUAAAGUCAACCAAGGAUUUGAAAGAUAGUAGAAAGUAUGCAGAAGGGAAACUAAUUAAAUUGAUUGAUUCUAAGGUGGCAGAUAUUUUGGAGACUGUUGAUUUAGAUUGGAAUUCUAAGGAAAUAAUACAAGACCCUGAUAUUUCUAUUGUGGAUGUUGCCCAAUUCUUAGAAAUGAUGUUUGCAACGACACUGAUAAAUUUGCCAUACAGUAUUCAGAUUUUAUUGAUUUUUAGAGAAUUUGAUUCAUUGACAAGAAGAUUUUUAGACAUCUUAUUGAAUGACACUCCAGACCACAUUACACAUGAGAGUGUACUGAAUUUUGAAGUUAAUAUCAAAUACUUGGAAGGUAUUAUCCCUAGGAUAUUUCCCUCACGAGAUGAAGAAGAAACCAAUAUUACAUCUGAGAGAAUGAUGACACCCCUUUCACCAGUAUUUAAUGGCACGAAUAAUGGUCAUUCACCUGAACUAAUUGAAAAUAAUGUCAAGUCUCUCGAAGAGACGUUCAUAGAGCUACGACAAUACAUAGAAUUAUUGAAGACAGGUAAUGAAUACAUGGAUCCUGAUCUAAGGAUGAGGAAGUAUUCUCGAGUAAAGCCAGAACAUGCCAACAUAUUAAUGCGCAAAGUAAGAGUGACACCCAUUAUGAGUCCCUCCGACACACCACAACAGCAAGAUGAUGAUUCGAGUAGUAUAUUUACAAGGGAUUUCAAUGGGAGUGAUAGCAGAAUAGCGAAAUUCUUCAACAGACGUUAA